AUGUAUGCGUAUCCACUUCUAACUGCAAGUGAGAUGCAGCCCGAGUCCCUGCACGCUGGCGAGAUGAUAGAGUACUUCACCAUGGCCCUCGUAAGUGGCGACCCGCGCGGUCAUAGAGAAGCGAAAGUGCUCCGCGUGUCGGACGAUGCUGACUUCCCUAUCGACUUGGACACGGGCGAGAAGAUCCCGCUCACGAUGAAGAUUCGACGGAUCAAGACACGGGAAGGGCCGCGAAUUGACAAGAACUGA